AAAAUACAUUACCAAAUUCACAGACCCAUUUCCUAAGUUUCGAAGUUUCAAUAUUAUUAGAUUUUCGAAAUUAAAAUGGCCUCUAUCAAAGCUAUUGCUGUUCUCUGUUUAGUACUAUGUAUGUCAGUGAUUGAAUCAGAAGCAGGGCGUGUGGCCAGGAAGGACCUGGGCCUUGAUCUUGGUGGCUUGGGAGUUGGUCUCGGCCUUGGUUUGGGGUUGGGCUUAGGCGGUGGAAGUGGGUCGGGUGCUGGAGCCGGGUCUGGAUCCGGAUCCGGGUCUGGGUCCUAUUCGUCCUCAUCCUCACAUUCAUCAAGCUCUAGCUAUGGAGGGUCCGGUGCAGGCUCUGAGGCCGGUUCAUAUGCUGGGUCUUACGCAGGGUCACGUGCUGGGUCAGGUUCCGGCAGCAGAAACGGCGCCAGCGGUGGAGAGGGUCAUGGCUAUGGCGAGGGACAUGGUUAUGGUGAAGGAGGUAACAACUGAAAGAAAGUAAAGAAAGUGGAAAAGAUCAAAAGUAGGAUAUUGAAUAAAAACCACAGCUAAUGAUGGGUGGUAUCGGUAACUAGAGUAAUACUUGAAUGCAUUUUGAGUCUCACCUCUCUUUUAUCCUUCCUUCUUUUAUCUCUUAAAUAUUAUUAUUAUUAUUAUUACGUGAAAAUUAAAAUUAAAAUUAGAUAAUUUGAUGGAAUUGAUAAAAUUAGACGAUGUUUUAGAUGCAUGUAAGUAUUUAUCUCGUAAUUAUAAUUAGUGUAGUACUUUGUAUUAUUGUGUCAGUAAACUUAUGACGAUUUUAUUUA